GAUAACUAAUUUUACCAUAAAUAUGAGUGGAAUUCUGUUUGAAGAUAUUUUUGAUGUUAAAGACAUCAACUGUGAUGGCAAAAAAUUUGACAGAGUAUCCAGACUACACUGUGAAAGUGAAUCUUUCAAAAUGGACCUCAUUCUGGACAUUAACACAUGGCUUUAUCCUAUGGAUUUUGGGGAUAAGUUUCGUCUAAUCUUGGCGCAGACUCUUCGUGAAGAUGGUUAUCCGACUGAUGGCCCCAACUACAACCCACUCGAGUCUGGACCCUCACGAGCAGACCCCUUUGAGUAUGUCAUGUAUGGCAAGGUCUAUAGAAUAGAAGGAGAUGAAGGCGAAGCAACGGGCCGACUGGCAGCUUAUGUAUCUUAUGGAGGAUUGCUCAUGAAACUCCAGGGAGACGCAAACACAUUGCACGGUUUUGAAGUAGACAAACACAUCUACCUGCUUAUGAAGAAGAUUGCUUUCUAAGUAAGGAUAGGAGAAUAAUUGUCCAGUUAAGAAUUGUUAAGGAUAACGAAGAGAUGAAAUUGAAAGAUGGUCGAGAUGAAGCUCAUUGCAGGGGCUAGAAAGACAGCCAUUCAAUACAAUUGAAACAUCAGUAUUGUAUUUGAGGUAAAAAUGUUCAACUAACUUUUUUGUUCCAAUUAUCUGUUGUUCGUCUACGUUAGUAAGACUCGUCUUUCUUGACAAUGGGAAGUGAAAAUUCCUCUCAUGAGCAAAGUAUGGAAGCAUUUUGUCAACCAGAAUAGAAUUAUUCCCGUUCUCAAACUACUUCACAAUUAUUGUCUCUUUAGAAUGGAUCUCCAAUUAAAAUCAGAAUAUUUAUUAUU